GGCUCGAGCUGAGGCGAUCCCAGCGGCCUCCUUUCUGAAGUGACAUUUUCCCCCCACCACCACCUUCCUCCGGCUCCUUCUUUUUCCUCCCUCCUGCCCCGGGCCGAAGAAGCGGCACCGGCCCCGCCAGAGGAGAAACGGAGAGGUGGGCGGGAGGGGGAGCCCCGGCCCCUCAUGCUCGAGCUGGCCCUUCCCGCGGGGCCUCAGGCCGGGAAGAGCCUCAAGAGGCCGCGGCGGCGGCAACAACUCUGAGAAUUUGGUGGGAAACAGCCAGAAUGACAGCUUUGGAUUCUCAGGUCUUUUGUCUGCAGAGCAGUGACAGCAGAGGCUGAAAGGUUGCUCUCCUGCUGAAGCCCUAGGUGAGUUUGCACUUCCACAAAGCUCUGGGUCCAUCCUCUGAGACCAGGAGAGACUUCAAAUUCUGAAAUGAAGAUGGAGGCAGCAGACAGAACAGAAGAACUCAUUGACCCAGAAGUCCCACCCAAACUCUCAGAGAAACAGGAGCCAGCUCUGGGCGAAGAGGGAUCUAUAGAACUGGAUAUGCCUGCUCAGAAAGAGAACCGAGCGCCGGGGGAGGAUUCAGCAGUCCUCACCUCAAUGCCCUGCUUGUUGAUGGAACUGAGACGGGACUCCUCCGAAUCUCAGCUGGCUUCGACGGAAAGCGACAAGCCGAUGGCCGGUCGCAUUUAUGAGAGUGACUCCUCCAACCAUUGCAUGCUGUCCCCUUCAUCCAGCGGCCAUUUGGCUGAUUCUGACACGCUGUCCUCCGCAGAAGAGAACGCUCCCGGGAAACCUGAGACGGUGGUUGAGGGAGACUCUUCCUCCAUGUCUGUAUCGACUGUCGGGAGGAAAUCGAGGCGGUCCAGAUCGGAAAGCGAAACCUCGACAAUGGCUGCAAAGAAAAACCGGCAAUCGAGUGACAAGCAGAACGGCCGCGUCACUAAGGUCAAAGGUCACCGGAGCCAAAAGCACAAAGAGCGCAUCCGGCUACUGAGGCAGAAGCGGGAGGCCGCGGCCCGCAAGAAGUAUAACCUGCUGCAGGACAGCAGUACCAGCGAUAGUGACCUAACCUGUGACUCGAGCACAAGCUCGUCGGACGACGACGACGAAGUUUCAGGGAGCAGCAAGACAAUCACUGCGGAGAUACCAGGUUUCCUUUCCUUUCCAGAUGGACCUCCCGUCGUGCCCCAUUACGAUAUCUCGGACACAAACUCUGACCCCGAAGUGGUGAACGUGGACAAUCUUUUGGCAGCCGCAGCCGUUCAAGAGCACAACAGUUCCGUCGCUAACCAGGACGCUGAGCCUACUUGGAGGACGAGAGGUUUGCUGGAAGAGCUGAAUGCAGAGACAAAUCAUCUGGAUGCUGAGUUCCUGGCAAGCAGCAAACUUCCCACCAGCCACGCCCAGGUCAAUGAAGAAAUCAACGUUGCCUCCUCCGAUAGCGAAGUGGAGAUUGUGGGUGUUCAAGAACAUGCAAGGAACGAAGUCUGUCAAGCAGGAAGGGGACAGAGCAUCCCAGGCGUAGGCAGAAGUGAGAUGAAGGCAGAGAAAACCCAUGAGCUGCCAAAAGGAAAGGCGAGCAGCAAGAGUGAAGAACUCUAUGAGCACAGAUACGUCCAUCCUCGUGGAGGCGUCAUUCAGACGGUGUCUUCCCGGAAACACGGCUCAGGUCUGCAGUGCCCCCGGCAAUCAGAGACAUGGACAGGUGUGGCCCCUCCUCCGCAGAAUUGGUCUUCGCCCCCCGAAGUGGUAGAUCUGACGCUGGACGAGGACAGCCGACGGAAAUACUUACUGUAAAGCAGUUAAUUUUUCACUGUGGUUUUUUUCUUUUUUUCCUUUUUCUUCCGGUUUUUUUUUUUUUUUAGUUAUUUAGUCCUUUCCCU